AUGGCUACUCGAUUAUAUUGGACGAUCCUGUGGACCAUUCUGCUGGAUAAGAAGAAUUGCUUCUUUCUGUUCCUGUUCGUGUUUCGGUACCUGAGGUUUGCCGUCCACUUGGUGAGUUAUUUCCUCUACCGCCCAUCUCCCAUCCCACGGUCUCCGUCGCUGACAGAAAGAGACUGCACAGUCGUCAUCCCAACUUGCGAUCCGGAGGACCCGGCGUUUUCCCGAUGCGUCGAGUCGGUCGUGAGGGCAUUUCCUGCGGUCAUCCACAUCGUGGUCGUGGGCAAGGAGCAGGAGAAGCAGGUAUGGUCGACAAUAUUGCCCUAUGUCACUGGCUUCCCCAGCGUGUGCUUCCGAGUCUCAUCCAGCGUCCAGGCAAACAAGCGUCAUCAAAUCGCCGUCGCCCUACCAGCAGUCAGCACUGCCAUCACGGUUCUUUGCGACGACCAUGUGAUCUGGCCUUCGGCAACCAUCCUGCGUGCUGCAGUCGCCCCAUUCGAGGAGGAUGACCGGGUCGGCGGCGUGGGCACCACCAAACGCGUGAUCCGCCACCCACAUAAGGGCUUGUGGGCUGGGUUCUGGAACGUCAUGGGCGCGCUGUACCUGGAGCGACACAACUUUGAGCACACAGCCUCCAACGCGGUCGACGGCGGCGUCGCCGUCAUCAGCGGCCGGACCUGUCUCUACCGGACACACAUCCUCCAAGAUCUCGCCUUGCUGGCCGGCUACCUGGACGAGAGAUUCCUCUUUGGUCUCUGCGGCCCCUUGAACGCCGACGACGACAACUUCCUGACCCGGCACCUGGUCCGACAAGGGUGGAAGAUCAAGUUCCAAAACACGCCCGAGGCCCUGAUCCUGUGCGACGUCGGCGAGUACCCGAAAUUCCUCUCGCAGUGCCUGCGCUGGGCGCGCACCACCUUCCGCAGCAACUGUUGCUCACUGGUCACGGACCGCUCCGUCUACGGCGCGCAGCCUUGGGCCGUCUACUCGCUGCAGCUCAGCCUGAUGGUCAACUUUGCGCUCUUCUACGACGCCGCGCUGGUCUGGACACUAAUCCAGGCACCAUAUCUCUACACCCCAACGACGCUGAAGACGCUGGUCGCCUGGAUCUUACUCUCAAAGCUGCCCAAGCUGGCGCCCUACUUCCUCCGCCACCCGGCGGAUCUGCUCUACCUCCCGGCCUACUACGUGUUUGCGUACUUCCACUCGCUCAUCAAACUCUGGGCCCUGCUGACUUUCUGGGACACUCAGUGGUCUGGACGAAAUCUGGAUGGCAUUAACCGCGCUGCUGCGGCGGCGGCGGCUGCUGGUGAGGACGGGGCGGAUGCCGACGAUGGUGAAGGCAAGGAUGGAGGUGAAGGAGGAGGAGGAGGAGGUAAAGACCACCUUCAAGGAUCCGACUCUCGCUCCCUCGCCCGCGAGAAUCCAGAAGACUACUACUCUGCCCACGACUCCUCCCUCAGACAUGCCAGUGCCAGCCGGGGCAUCGCAAAGACACCUUGGGGCACUGUCAGAGCCCAGAACCUACACCAAGUCCCCGCCAACGUUCUCCAGACGCAGCUGGGCGGCAGCAAGCGGACCAAGAGAGCCUGGACAACGGGGCCGACAACGACCAAACAACCCCCCGACUACAAUGCGGUGCAUCAGGAAAACGGCAUCGCUCCCGAGGUAUUCCACGCUGCGUACUCGCGCCGCUGGACCCGACGGGGCGAAUGUCUAAGACUGCACGAUGGUGAUGCGUGCCCUCCUCCUCUUUCUCCCGCUACUACGCCAGCCAUCCCUGUUCCGUCCGAAGUCGAUUCCACAGUCUCAAGCGUCAAGGCGGAGACAUACUCGCGCUCCUGGACCCGACGCGGCGGAUGCAACAAACUCCACGACGAGGGCUAUCACUUGCGUCGAGGAACAUGCGUGUUGAGACCGUGUGAGCAGUGA